AUGUUCACUAUUCGACUCACCGUUCCUCCACUGCCUCCUUGGGAUGAUAAAACCGAGAGAUCCCCCGAGUUCGAAAGCGGCAAACUUCCCAAUUUAACCUUCGACUAUAUCCAUGGCAGAGGGAAAGGGAUCAGGUUAUCGGAUCUCCUCCACGGCAGAGACGCGCAAUGGUUAGCGCCCAAGAUGAUUGAUGGAACAGCGCCUGUUUUCUCGUCCGUGAUGUCACAUAUCACCCUCUACGUCUACUGGCCUGGGUACGAUGAAAACACGACGGAAGACAUGACCGACAUCCCUCUUAACGUGACAACAAUCACUCGGGCAGAACUUGCGCGAAUAGUGGGCGUUAUUAUUUCGACGUUCAUCCGGAAUCGACAAGCUGGAUCUCUUAAAGGAACGAAGCCUGAGUGGGACUUGAGCUCCGUCGAGCUUCAGGAUGUGUUCGUGUCUGGAAUACGCCACGUUUUUGGGCACGUUUAUCACGCUGUUAUCCAUAUCGAGAAGCAGACUUAG